GUCGGGAUAAGUCAAACCAAAUGUCAAGUGUCAAAUGAGUUGAGGAACGAUUUGGGUUCUCACUUUCAUUUAUUCUAAAAAACAGCGUUUCAGUUAUUGAUAAUGUAAAUAUUUUUCUUUAAAAUUGUGGUUUGUGUGUGCUGCUACACGUUUUCCAGUUCAAAAUGGGCGAUAGCAGCGAUUCUGAAGAGUUUUAUGACGCUGAAGAGUUCACACCCAUUAAAGGUUCCAAAAGAUCAUCAUUAUGCAAGAACAUAAGUGUAUCGGAAAGUGGAGAUGCUCCGGAGAAGGACAAGGCUCCGGCUAUGAAGACUGAGGCAGUACAGGCAGUGCCUCGAAGUACUAACUCUGUGGCUACAGAAACUGCACCUGUGGAAGAUGAUAGGACCACAGUGAACAGUUUGGUGCAAGGUCGGAGAAGAUUCCAUGAGUUACGUCUUUGCAUGCAGACUGAGGAGGAGGAUGAGGGCGUGCCUGAUGCCACUGGGUCAGUAGACCAGCAGACUUUCACAUCUGAACACCCAUUCAAAAUAAUAGCACACGACACAAUGAGCCUGCAGAGUAUGACGUCACUCGGCAGGAUUGGCAGAAUACUCAGUGGAGCUUCGGAAUCUCACUCGAACAUCCGUGAUACCGCGCCGGUACCAUCGGUGUCAUCGAGGGAGCCCUCAACUAUAUCCGACGAACAACUCACUUCAGAGAAUAGAACUCAGAAUGUGCUAGCGAUGGCUGAGCCGGACGUGAUCGCGAGUACGAAGGCAAAUAGUUUGAAACACAACCGCAGCGGCGGCGCCAUCGUCGCCGUCAGCGGGUCCAGCGAGCCGCGCGCCCAGCCUGUCGCCCCGCCGCGCAGGAAGAAACGCAACAAGUUGCACGGAUCUCAGUCUCUAUCGACGACGGAUGGAGACAACUUAAGCGUUUGUACUACAGACACGGAUGAAUAUCGAUACAUAGCGCGGCGACCGGACAAACCACAGCUCGACUCAUUAAUUGUUGAGCCACCACCCCCAAGUGCAGUGAACCAGUCGAUGGCGCUCCCAAGCCCCGCCAGCACGAUAGAAUCUCUCACCAGAGAGUUCCAAGACUCGCUCGAACUAUCCAGUUCGAAAUAUGGCAGUUCCCGUGGGUCAUUGAGCCUCCAUGAGUCGCGACCCAGCGAACGCGACACUCGAACUACGCCACGCCAGCCCACUGAUACUCCGCUUAGAGAUGAAGCGAUGGCCCGUUCCGAAGAUCGCAACGUUCGAACACACAGCGAAGGUCGUACGGCGCCUCCUUCGUCAAGACCUGCGGCCGCUAGACGCAGUAACUCGGAGUCGCUGGGCGGGUCGCGGCGUCGGUCGGCGGGGGACGAGGCGGCGCUGGGGCUGCCGGCCGCGCUGCGCACGCGCACCGUGUCGGGCCACCACCUCACCGACAUCGAGAUACUCGAACAGGUCACCGUGCUCAACUUGGACACUGGCGAGCGCGUCCCGCUGAGCGUGGCGGAGCACAAGCUGCCGCAGUGCAUGAACCCGCUCAGUCUGCACAUCAUGAGGCUCACCUCCGAGUACAUCGGACGGAACCACGACACCGACCAUGCCAGGGAGACGGAUGAAGAAAGUGAAAGCGUGUGCGCGGGCGGAGCAGAGGACGAAGCGAAAGAGAUGAAGAGAGAAUCUACUGACAGACAGACUACUGGUAUUAAGAGGAAAACUGAGAAAUUGAAGCGUUUCUUCGGUAGUACGGUAAAGAAGACUGUGGACGCGGCGAAAUCUCUAGCUCAGGAAGUGUCACAAGCUCGGCACAAGGAAGACGUGGCCGACAUAGCCGACGAUGUGCGCGGGGAACAUAAUAUCAAGCUCAAGGCUUCCAAUUCACAUAAAGGACCUUACGACUUCGAUGGCUGCGUUAGACAUGUCCAGGAGAUGGGUUCGGGUCACUGCGGCGCGGUGUGGUGCUGCAAGUUCAGUGUAUGCGGCCGACUGCUGGCCACCGCGGGGCAGGACAAACUCUUGCGGGUCUGGGUCACUAGGGACGCUUACCAUAUGUUCCAGGACAUGCGCACAAAAUACAACCUCGAACAGAAAUCCUCUCCAACCCCGUCCCAGGAGUCUCUAGCGUCCCUGUCUGGUCGCGCCCCAUCCCCUCCUCCGUCCCCGUCGGCGCCCUUUUGUUCCGCCCCCUUCUGCGUAUACGCAGGCCACUCGUCCGACCUUCUAGAUGUAUCCUGGUCGAAGAACUACUUCCUAUUGUCCAGUUCCAUGGACAAAACUGUGAGGCUAUGGCACAUCUCGCGCGGAGAGUGUCUCUGUUGCUUCCAGCAUAUAGACUUUGUGACGGCUAUCGUAUUCCACCCGAGGGAUGAUCGGUACUUCUUGUCUGGUAGUCUCGACGGCAAGCUACGGUUGUGGAAUAUUCCUGAUAAAAAGGUCGCAGUAUGGAACGAAGUGGACGGCAAAACGAAACUAAUAACAGCAGCUAACUUCUGUCAAAACGGAAAAUUCGCAGUAGUAGGAACUUAUGAUGGACGUUGUAUCUUUUACACAACAGACCAGCUAAAAUACCAUACACAGAUAGACGUGCGGUCCACACGGGGGAAGAAUUCCACAGGACGGAAGAUCAGUGGUAUCGAACCCAUGCCUAAUGAUGACAAAAUCCUUGUGACCUCCAACGACAGUCGGAUCCGCCUCUACGACCUACGAGACCUCAACUUAUCAUGCAAAUACAAAGGUUACGUCAACGUUUCUAGCCAAAUCAAAGCGUCCUUCUCCCACGACGGCAAAUACAUUGUAAGCGGGUCAGAGAACCAGUGCAUAUACAUUUGGAAAACUUACCACGAUUAUUCGAAAUUCACGUCAGUACGACGUGAUCGUAACGAUUUCUGGGAAGGUAUUAAGGCUCAUAAUGCUUUGGUGACUUGUGCCGUCUUUGCACCAAACCCUGACCAUAUGAUCCGCAUGAUCAGUGAGAGGGAACAGGAGGCUAAGCUAGCUGAUGACGCCGCUGACAACGAGGAAGUGAAGGGCGCAGAAGGCGGUAUGGUAGCGUCUUCUCAGACGGGCCACGUUUUAGUAAGCGCGGACUUCAACGGCUGCAUCAAAGUGUUUGUGCACAAGGCCAAGCCUAAGCACAGUUCACUACCAGCUUCUGCAUUGGCCUGAGACUUUAGCCAACUACCGUGGACUCUGGAAUGUGGACAGAUAAGUAUCGUGUGCCUUUAAAGUUGGCUAUUUGCGUUAAACAUUAUGUAUUUAAUAGUUUCGUUGUCUAUUUAUUUUGUAAUCGCAGUUUUAGGUAUAUGAUCUGUUUCUAAAUGCAACCGUGAAUUUGAGAAAGACAGUAAAUUUUACUUGAAAUCAAUAUUUAUUAAAAAAUGGUUAUAGAUAAAUGGUUUUACCCUAAACUCUGAUCCAAAUGUAAAUUGUUUUCGCAUCGGCAUUAAAAACGUGUUAAUGCCAUAA